AUGGUUGAGCAACUGGGCAUGUUUGAGCACGUUGAUGCAGACCUCUUCAGCCGACGACUCAGCCAAGUAAUCAAUACAUACAUCCUCCUGAGCCAAAUGUUUCUUCAAGCAACGGGCGUCAGCGCCAAGUCUGCUGGUACGACAGAUUGGAACAUGGUCGCUCCGGCUCAAGUCAGUACCUUGAUCGAGACCUUUUCGGUUCCACGACUGUGGAUUGGGCUCUGCCUUCUGUCGUGUCUAAUGCUCCUGAUCUGUGGAGUUCUGAGUGCGAUCCUAACGCGGCUAUCAGCUGGACCGGACAUCCUGGGAUACGCCUCCACACUCAUCCGCGACUCGAGGUAUAUCGACACACCGCACGAGGUGGGUAGGAUGGAGGGAGCCGACGUUUCGAGGAAGAUGGGGGACCUGCGGAUCCGGUAUGGGUUCGUCCGGGAAAGCCCGGAGGGACAAAUGAGAAGUGGAGUUGGACUGCAGGAAGAGACGCAGCCACUCAAGCUCCACCGCGGUUAG